UUUCCUUUUUCAUCAUCUGACAAACCAACCACACCUCGCGAGAAUUUCCACGCCUCUCCCGAAUCGCCAUCACUUCCUCCACCUUCGGCGCCGCGUAUCUCACCUUCACGUGCACACCGCCUGCUCGACGCAAUUCCCCACACGCCCGCGAGCACACCAACCUCCCCGAUGGCAACCGCCACCGCCACCGCCACCGCCGCGGCGUCCCCUUCCACCUCCUCCUCGUUCCUCCUCCGCCGACCCCUCCCUCCAAAUCCCACGGCCGCGCGCUGCCUCGCGCCACCGCGGUGCCGCGCGGGCCUCCGCACCGCGCGCCAGGUCGCCGUCAGCAGCGUGUCCCCGUCCCCGUCCCCCGACGUGGCGGACGAGGAGGCCGCGGCGGCGCCCAAGCUCGGCAAGCGCGUGUGCGUCACGGCGCCGGUCCGCGUCUACCACGUCCCCAAGGCGCCGGACCUGGACCUCCGCGGCAUGGAAGGUGUGGUCAAACAGUAUGUCGGUGUCUGGAAGGGCAAGCGCAUCACGGCCAAUCGCCCUUUCCGGGUGGAGUUCGAGCUGAAGCUCGACGGACAGGACAAGCCGGUCCGGUUCUUCGCUCACCUCCGGGAGGACGAGUUCGAGUUCGUCAGAGACGAAUAGGAUCCCUCUGUUUGUCUGUAAAAUAAUGCGCGCUUGGGGGCGGAUGCAGCAUAUGUACAUUAGAGAGGAGACUGAAGAGGGGCGACGAGAUGUCAAGUAAGUUGAUGUUUGUUUACUUGUCAUGUCUCCUGUGCUCCUCACUCUCCUGCCCAGUGCUCAACAUCUAAAUUUUCAGAUGUGAGAGUUGUUCGAGAUGAUGAAGAUUAUGAACCAAAGCAAUUAUACUGCUGUAUCUGUUGUUGUGUUCAAUAGUUUUAUCUGUUUACUCUUUCAAGAAAAGAUAUUGUUCGAGAGGAGUCAGUGGUAAUGAGUUAACGAUGGAUACCGAUCUGUCUAAAGGGUGGUAAGUAUGUGCUUAAUAGGAGCAGAAGAUAUCAUAUACUGGUAUACUGAAUUCAACAUGUA